AUCUUAGGAGCCGCGGUGUAAUUGGAUAAAAGCCAGACUAGGGGGCGGGAUUCCAGCUGGUUUCCGCUAAUCGAUUAGUCAAUAUCUAAGAGGGUGGUACGGAAGGCGGCAGAUCUACGAUCCAAUUGGCUUCGGGUUUAGUUGGGAGGCGGGGAGAAUUCUUGGGAGGUGACUGAAGAGGUCCGCGGGCCGCCUGGGAGCACAGGAGUGAGGCCUGCAAGAUGGAGGAAGGUGGGAAUCCAGGAAGCCUGACUAAGAUGGUCCAUCUACUGGUCUUGUCGGGGGCCUGGGGCAUGCAAAUGUGGGUGACCUUCAUCUCAGGCUUCCUGCUUUUCCGAAGCCUUCCCCGACAUACCUUCGGCUUCGUGCAGAGCAAACUCUUCCCUUUCUACUUUCACAUCUCCAUGGGCUGUGCUUUCAUCAACCUCUGCAUCUUGGCUCCACAACAUGCCUGGGCUCAGCUCACAUUCUGGGAGGCCAGCCAGCUCGGCCUACUGCUUCUGAGCUUCACGCUGUCCACCGUCAACGCCCGCUGGCUGGAGCCCCGCACCACAGCUGCCAUGUGGGCCCUGCACAGGGUGGAGAAGGAGCGGGGUCUGGGCGGGGAGGUGCCUGGAAGCCACCAGGGCCCCGACCCCUACCGCCAGCUGCGGGAGCAGGACCCCAAGUACAGUGUCCUCCGCCAGACCUUUUUCCGCUACCAUGGUCUGUCCUCCAUUUGCAAUCUGGGCUGCCUCCUGAGCAAUGGGCUCUGCCUUGCAGGCCUUGCCCUGGGUCUCAGGAGCCUCUAGCACCCACUUCCGCUCUGGCCCUGCUGAGGCCCCAAAUGUUAAUAAAACACUUCUUUGGAAA